AUGGCCACCGAAACCACCACUCCGGUUCCGUCACAGCAGAAAUGGCAGCCUCCCCCAGUAGGCAGCCCUUGCUGGGUGGAGAUUCCCGCACAAGAUGUUGAUAGAUUGAAGGAAUUUUAUGCUACCCUCUUCGAAUCAUGGGAAUGGAGACCAGCCCAUGGUGCCUCGACCGAGGAUCAAAUGCAGAUACGGCACUACAGUUUUGCCGAGCCAAAAGGACUUUCAGGAGGAAUCAUCAAAGUGCCCGAUGGUUGUGCUCCUUCAGAGCAGGCGAUGGGAAGUGGUAUGACUGUGUACUACAUGGUUGAAUCUCUUCAGUUGACGGAAGAAAGAGUCCACAAAUUAGGAGGCAGCACCUGCCUCUCAAAGACGCAAGAAGGGUCUCAUGGAUGGUAUAUGAAUUUCCGUGAUCCUGAAGAUAUUGAGGUCUAA